AUGGUUGUACUCUGCAGCCAGGCUAUGACAAGGUUUGUCUGUGUUACCAUGGUUGCCCUGAAAGUAGCUGUGUUUUACUUGAAUACAGAUCUUCCUGUCUCUGUCUCCAAAGAGCUGGGAUUGAAGAGUGGAGUGACCUAUAGUGAUGUACAUGUGAGCUUCACUCCGGAUGAGUGGGCUUUGCUGGACCCUUUCCAGAAGAAUCUCUACAAUGAUGUGAUGCUGGAGACCUUCAGGAACCUCACUGCUAUUGGCUACACAUGGGAAGAUUGUAGUAUUGAAGAGCAUUCUCAAAGUCCUAGAAGACAUGGAAGAGGGAUACAGGAUCACCAGGAAAGUGACAUGGCCACCAAUGUCAGACACGCCAGCUAAAGCAGGAGACUAAGAGCUCACAUCCUUAACCUGCUGCAUGAAGCAGUGUGGGAACUGGACAUGUAUGUGGAUUGUGAAAGCCUAACCCCGUGUGACAAAUUUCUUCCAGUAGGGCAGUAUUUCCUUAAUCUUCCCAAAUGACACCAAGAACUGAGAAGGAUUGAUUUCUCUGACUUGAAGCCCACAUGUUUGUCUUGUGUCCCAUCUACCAACUCAUGAUGAAAAAAGCUCUGUAAGUAAGCCUUUAGAUGCCUCGGCCCCUGUGUUAGAGGAAUGAAUGCUUAGAAAAACUAUCAUGAGAGGAAAAUUUGCUUACAGAUUUGUUUUAAUAUUAAUUUUGUGAUGUCAGUGUGUCUUGUGAGGGUUUGUGCAUGUACACACUUGUUCCCUGUUGGGCUUCAUGAGGCCCAGGCGCAAGGCCCAGUGUCACUUCCUGAGCAUAGCUCAAGUUUGGAGACCUGUCUCUGGCUACCCCACCUAGACCUUCCUCUGCUCAGCCACCUCUAGCAUGGCAGACUAUUAUUGGCCCUUAUUCCUUACUCCUCCUCAACCCACCCAAGCUUCUCCACACCGUCAGAACCCUAUACAAGAUCCUUCUUGAUACCAUUAAAGGAGAUCCUGC